AUGUCUGAUUUGACCCCGUCCCGUGGACUGUCCAUCAUUGAUCGGUGGAUUGAUGCAUGGAACAGGAACGACCCUGCUGCAUGGAUCGCUCUAUACAGCCUCUCAGCAAAGUACACGGAUCACGCAUAUCAAAUCAUCCGCAUUGGUCCAUCAACUCUUAAAGAGCACUGGACUAUCUGGCGGACCGCGCACCCUGAUUUUGUCAUUCAGAUUGAAAGUUCAUGGCCGUAUGAAGAGCUGCCGGGUGGAAGAUGUAGAUACUCGAUUCGCACAGCGAACAGAGGCACAUUCAUCAACGACCUCCCGCGCAGCAAAGCGACUGGCAAACCAUUCUGGUUUCGCGGCUGUGUGAAUAUUGUCGUAAAUCUAUCGACCGGACUGAUUGAAGAGGUGGAAGAAUGGUACUGUCCUAACCUCGAAAGAACAACAGCACUGACAGACUACCAUCGCAAGGCAGACGGUGAGUUAAAGUUGGAGAGGUUAUAA